UCACACGCUGCCGUCAGGAUGAGGGGAGAGCCGCUCACACACACAACAAGCCAGUGAUUGUACACACAAGCCCGGGUCACGCUGCAUCAAGCGACCUUUCCACACAGGCGCUCACACAGGAGGCUGCGGCCGCGUUCCUUCCUCUUCACAAGCCCCACGUAAAAGGGCUGGGGGUGGAUCCUGACCGAGGGAAGCUCUCCCUGGGAACAACAACAACACCACCGCCACCACGGAGCAGCCACGACUGCCGGCCAUGUGAUGUCUCCCUGAGGGGUGAGCUCGUACAAGCAGAACCGGCGGGAGGAACUGAAAGUGCACACAAGGUCAUGUGAUUUGUUAAAGUGACAUCUGGAUUAGACGACUUCACCAGGAAAGAUUAAAGAUCACGAUCGACAAGCACUACUGAUAUAGUGUACUAUUAAAUGACUGCUUUUGGACGAGCUUCAGAGACUGAAGGAGAGUCACAUCUGGACUUCAAAACCAAGUCUUCCAUGUUCUCACAAUGACCUUCCGAUGUGUUGAUCAGCAUGAAGACAGAGUGUCGCAUGAAUAACUCUUCCGUGAUUUCUGGAAAAUGUAUAUUAAUAGAGAGAGGCAUCAUUUAAAGGGUCUGAACGGAAUGUCUGCAGAUGACAAGACUGAAUCUCCCAUGUACGUGUAUGAGUCAACUGUACAUUGUACCAAUAUUCUUCAGUGCCUCAAUGACCAGUGGAAACAAGACAUUCUCUGUGAUGUCACUUUAGUUGUGGAAGGAAAGGAGUUUCGAGCCCAUCGAGCAGUGCUGGCUGCAAGCAGUGAGUACUUCCUGCAAGUGCUGGUUGGGCCAACGGAACACGGACUGGUAGUCAGCUUGCCAGAAGAGGUCACUGCUAGAGGAUUUGGUCCAUUGUUGCAGUUUGCCUACACUGCGAAGCUAUUACUGAGCAGAGAAAACAUCCAAGAGGUCAUCCAAUGUGCUGAAUUCCUACGUAUGCAUAACCUGGAGGACUCCUGCUUCCGCUUCCUUCAGUCGCAGCUUCUAAACAAUGAGGAUGGCUUGUUUCUGUGCAAGAAAGACACCUCAUGCCAGAGUGUGCACAAUGAGACUGUUGAGUGUGAAGAUGAAACUAUGGAAUCUGAAACCUCAAAAAUAUCUUGCCCCAAGGAAAGAGUGCACCAUGAGCCUUUUAACUUUGGUUCAGGCGAGAAAGCGCCAGAUAGAAAUGAUGUUAUUUUGCCUAAUUCCAAUAUGCAAAGGGAAAACAAAGAAAGCUUAGACAAGGAUCCUGUAAUCCGCUACCCACGAUAUAAGAAAUACCAGUUGGCUUGUACUAAGAAUGUCUACAAUACAUCACACAGUACCUCAGGUUUUACAAGCACAUUCAAUGAACAUAACUCUGAAAUUGGCCUAAAAUCAGGACUUCCUUUAAGCCAGAUAAAAAGUGAGCCAUGUGACGACGAUAAUGACGAAGAGAGUGUUACACUUUGCUUGUCUGGAGAUGAUAAUGACAUCAGGGAAAAAGAGGAUGUUGAGAUGGUCAGGAAACAACCCAGCCCUGUUAGCAUUGAUCACACCAAAAGUGUGUCAUCUCCUUCCAAUCAAAGAACUUUUUUUAGUAGCGCUAAAGGGGGGGAAUUUAAUGACGUACCUGGUACUUCCCAACAAUGUUUUAUCAGAAGUCCUUCAUGCCCUGUAGAAAAGGGAGCAACUCAGGGUGACCAUAAAGCUGAAUACAACCCUUUCACUGGGAAUUUUGAACUGUCUUGUGAACCUCAGAAAGAUUCCUCUAGCUUCCUCAUGGCUUCACCUCUCCAAGGGUCUGGUUCAGAGCUUGCCUCAAAUAAUGAAAUGGAAUUAGACAGAAGAAGUGUCAUAUUCUCUUCAAGUGCUUGUGACCAAAUAAACACCCCGGUGCAAUCAUAUUCUGGUGUCAGUUGUUUGGACAAAGAGUUUUCUGAGCAUGUGCCAAAGGGUCUUUGGGCAGGAGCUAGCCAAUCUCUGCCUAGCUCUCAUGCCUUUUCCCAUAGUGGGCUGAUAGCAGACCCAUUGCCAGGAAGGUUGCGGCCAAACACUAGUUGUCCUGUGCCAAUUAAAGUAUGCCCUCGUUCUCCCCCUUUGGAAACUAGAACAAGGACAUCCAGCUCAUGCUCCUCCUACUCAUAUGCAGAAGAUGGCAGUGGUGGAUCCCCUUGUAGCCUUCCUCUUCUUGAAUUUUCAUCAUCUCCCUGUUCACAAGGCCCACGAUUCCCAUCCACUGAUCAUCAAGAAGCUUGUUCAAUGGCUGACUCAAUCUUUAAUCAAGUACGGCCACAGAUAAAAUGUGAGCAGUCUUAUGGAACAAACUCAAGUGACGAAUCUGGAUCAUUUUCAGAAGCUGACAGCGAGUCAUGUCCAGUGCAAGACAGAGGGCACGAGGUUAAGCUGCCCUUUCCAGUUGAUCAAAUCACAGAUCUUCCACGUAAUGAUUUCCAGAUGAUGAUAAAAAUGCACAAGCUGACCUCAGAACAGUUGGAAUUCAUUCAUGACAUUCGACGGCGGAGCAAAAACAGAAUAGCUGCACAGCGAUGUCGCAAGAGAAAACUCGACUGUAUACAGAAUUUAGAAUGUGAAAUACAUAAGCUGGUAUGUGAAAAAGAAAAGUUAUUAACAGAAAGGAACCAGCUAAAGGCCUGCAUGGGAGAGCUACUCGACAACUUCUCUUGCCUAUCCCAAGAAGUGUGUAGAGAUAUUCAGAGUCCUGAGCAGAUUCAAGCCCUACACAGGUACUGUCCUGUUUUGAGGCCUUUGGAUCUACCCACAGCAGCUGCAUUCAACCCUUUACCAGCAGGAAUGGAGCAAAAACUUACCACGUCCCAGGAUGUGGGAGAAAACAUGCAGUGCUGCAAUGAGCAAGGUCAAGUCCAGCUUGGAAGUCACUCAGUUUCAAACAAUAUACCAGAGAAUUGUAUAGCAAGAAGAGGUGUGGAGGGCUCUGAUCAUGGUACUUACUCAGAGAGAGAGACUUGUUUGGAACAGAACAGCCAAACAGUGACAGUGGACUUCUGUCAAGAGAUGACCGAGAAAUGUACAACGGAUGAACAACCGAGGAAAGAUUUCUCCUAGUGAUGUUACAGCCGCACGGUCAAACAGAAGUCACCUGUCAGCCUUGGGCUGCCACUGCCUCCAGAAAACAUUAUUGGUGCACACUACAGCAGUCAUUAGCAGCAAUACUGUUUUAUAAGUAUUUUCCUCCUCUCUGAAAGUUGGAGAUCCAGUCACGAUGGUGCUAUACCUUGCUCAGGCAAGGAACUAGACAGUGGCUACACUGUCCUCCUUGUGUUCUAUAAUAUUUGUUAAGGUAUUCUAAUUUCAGAUCUUAACAGGGAUGGAUUUAAUACUCAUGAGGACCCAACAGCAGCUUAUAUUCUCAGUGACCCGUGUCACAAACCCUAUCUCAGGAAUUUCCUCAGAAUGUUCAUUUGUUUUCAUUAAAGACCGCUAAUCAAGAUUUUAUAGGUGAACUGUAUAUAGGUUCUAUAUCCAUAUGCAAAAAGUCCACGCAUCCCUCGAUCUUCACAACAUAAAACUGGAAGUCAACGCUUCUUUUCUGUUCACACAAUAUCCAACAUUCCUUUUAAUGUCAUUGAUGCCACAGACUGCUUCACAUUUUUUUUCAGUCUGACACUAUCUUUUAGUUUUUAGUUAUUUAUAAACCGCUGUAUUGUAAUUUUUUUUUUUUAUUACUUUUAGCGCCACACUUCAUUUCAAUCAAGUCAUAUUUUUGUCGGUUUUUUCUUACACAGACUUUCUCUUGGCCACAUGCACUGAGUUUCGCUGUCGUGUGUCAGUUUACCAUGACUACAUAUGCAUUAUUUGUUUGUAUAACAAAGACAACAAAAAAGAAAGAAAAUACUCAGGAUAUUAAGAUGUAGGAAUAUUUUCUUGCCAAAUAUUACAUUUACCAUAUAGUGUAAAAUUUCAACACACAUUUUCCCCAGUUCCAGCUACUGUACUUAAAAACUGUUCUUAAGAUUGAACUUUGCUUGAUGCCGUCUCUGGACUUUUGUAGGUGUUUUUCUUUUCUGAGAAACCUGUUUUAAAUCAGAAUCUGUAAAUAUGCUGACAAAGGGAGUUGCUGCAGUCCAUCAAACCAAUGAAAAUCACAUACCUCAUAGUAACAGUGCAGGAAUUCCAUUGUACAUUUUUACAAAAUAGUUUCUAUUCGGUUUUUAGAAAGAAACUUAUCCUGGCUUCCCUGGGUGUUUUCCUUAGUGACACGGCCACAAACAAUUCCUAUAAUGGAUCUGAUAAGGAUAUGCUGUAUUGCUGGUAUUUGGAAGACAAAAACGUAAAAACGUUAGAAUUAACUGUUGUUCGUUUGAAUUGUUGCUAUGCAAAUGCAAGGCAGCUCAGAUGUUUAUUGAAGUAGGUUUUGACCAUGUAGUGCACAUUUGUGCUGCAGCAGUCUCUCAGUUGAGUAAGCUCGGUAACUUAUAUUGGUUGCCCCAUUCCCUCUGCUUUGCCUGUAACAUAAAAUGACAAUGAAAUUGCUUUUCAGUAUUUUUACAUACACAGUUGUACUUUCUAUCUCGAGUAAAUAGUGACUUUUUGCUCAAGAUUCUCCCUAUAUACAGUCUAGUGUCAUAGAAUGUCUUUUCUCCAUCCACCUGUAACCCCAUGCCAGAAUGAUCAGUAUCAAGGCAGUCAGAAUUGGUUAAUGAAAGGUUUAACUAUUUUAACUAGCAGCGAACUAUUGUUUCCACAAUGAACUGAUAACGCUAUAGUUGAAAAACCAUGAACUAUUAACACAUGGCUCUGUGCCAAGAGGUGUUCCUUUUUACAGUACUAAAGUAAGACUUUACCGUAAGAUUUUACUCCGCUCCGUCCCUUUAUAGUCCCAGCCAGGCUAAGACUUGUGGCCACGCAACAUAAGAUCGCCAUGCAUCACAACUAAUAAUAAUGAACGGUUUCAUUGUCACCCAGAACUUACUGCAACAUGACAGUCAGCCGAACUCCAAACCUUGAGAAUUUCAGCACAACUGAAUUGCAGUCUUAUAUUGCACGGCCACAAUUCACUAUGUAGCCCUUGCCUAAAUUAUAAAAUCAAACCACUUUAUACACUGACUCAAUGGCAUAGGGUGCUGUAACUAUUGUAAUACCAGAGAAAGUUUAGAGGCAGCAUGUUGUAUUAAUCCAAUGCAUGAUUUCACAUAUGCAAUAGCCUACCCAAACCAUGCCAGUAACCAUGAUCUGGCCAACCCCAAAUGAAUUGAUUAGUUGCUUUACAGAUCACUUUAUCUUGAAUGGUCUGCAUCCGAAAACUAUAAAAGUUUUCUCAAAUUCUACUUGUAGCAUUUUCAUUCUCAUCUGUAUAGAAAUGGUACUCAUUUAUUUUACAGCCAUUAUUGGCAAUAUAAAUGUGUUCUACCGUUAGCUUUUAUGCAUUUUUUCUUUGGACCACAUGUAGCGUUCUGUAAUGUAGCGCCUCGUGACUUGCUCAAUGAAUGAGAGGGCUCACAGACAAAAGAGACACAUGGGGCAAGCUACUUUUCAGACUCAAUGGACAUGUUAGAAGGCAGUUUAAUGUACACAUAAUGUAAUGGUUCACAGUGACAUGGGUCACAUCCAUUGAAAAUGUAUGUCAUGGUUGCCUAGAACUUAAGAGAAUAGAAAACCCUUUAUGCCACUCAAAGUGGUAUGGUUUUAGAUUUAGUUCACUUUGGCCACUUACAUAUUCUCAGUUUUUGCAAAGGAUGACUUAGGGCUCAUGCCCACAAGUGUACUUGCUCAGUGCCCAUAUUGUGGACCGUAAACGGCCGAUCCACAGUAUAUGGGCACUGGCCAUGUGCACUUCGUAUCAGGGAUGUGGACCCGUUGACUUGAAUGGGUCCGCAUCCACCAGAUAUGACUGAAGAUAGUGCAUCACCUAUCUUUUUGCAGUGCAGAGGCACGGAUCGGAAGCACUUCCGUGGGUUUCUAAUUUGUGCCUUCACACCACAGAACUAUAGAACAUGUUCUAUCUUUGACCGUAUGUUGCGGAUCACGGACACAUUCAAGUGAAUGGUUCCGCAUCCUCAAGCAGAGUGCACACGGCCAUUGCCAGUGCAUUGCGGACUGUCUACAGCACGGGCAGUGAGCAAGUACACUCGUGUGGAAAAUGUGAAAUGUCCAACGCCAGAGUUUAUUUUAAAAAUAAGAUUCUCAGGACAAACUUUGCUUACUUAACUUUUGCUUUUCUACUAUGUGCCCGUUUGUUUGGCUAUGUUCCAGGCAUCAAGACCACAUGAAGGAAUGAUUGGCACUUGAUGUUAAGAGUGAGGAUAGAAACAUGUCGGUGUUACAUUUUCCAUUUCAUGACACUUUGCAGUAGUAGAAAUCCUAAAGCUUGCGUUGAUGAAAUAUUAAAAAGUUAGCAGGUGAAAGAUAUAUAGAAUUGAAAAAUAUUUCCCAAAUAUUUUCAUGUUCUGUAUUGCAUCACACAUUCCCUUGUUUCAGGCUUGCGCUUAGUGGCUAGUUCAUCUCAACGCUGGUUGCCUGGGGAAAUGAUUCAGUAAAUUAAUAAGAUGUUAGGGCAAUGAAAUCAAGUUUAUUUUGCUGAUACAGGAGAAAUGCAAAAUGCCACAUAUGAUUAUUAGUUAUAUCUAAAAAUGUGUUCUAGAUAAUGAUGUGUAAUCCUCCCUCAUUGUGCAGUAUUUGUGAUGUACACUAUCUUGCCUUUGAAAAUGUGUAUAAGUCUAGUAUUAUGUCAGUGUUUUAAUUUAGCCCCGGAAGUUCUGUUAUAUUAGCCAUUCUAAGAACUAUUGACAUAACAAGCCGCAACGAAGAAUCACAUUUUGUUCAGAUCCCCUAGCAAUUUAUUGCCAUUUUGCAAAUAUCUGACAGUGGCAUUACAUUGAAUCCUGUUCUAGGAAUUUCAUUUAUAUAACUUUUUGGAUUUCCAAUACACAUUAUGCUAUAUAUUGUACUUGUACAAAGGUUAUGCUAUUUUCUGCACAGUAACACUUAAUUGAAGAUUAAGUGGUGUGGCUGAAGAGCAGAUGCCCGCAAUAUACUUUAUUAAGCUUGGCAGUGUUUUGAUUGCCUCUUUUUUUGUAUUUAUUAAUAGGAAAUAUGUAAUUUUUUUGUGCUCACCUUCAAUUUUUAAGCUACGUAAUAGUUUUCUCCAUGCUCUUAAUCUACCCUAGAUACUGCACGAACAUGUUUGGAUUUGGUUAGCCAUGUUUCUUUACUGCAGUGACUUGUAACUACUUUGUUUUAGAUGCUAUUUAUUGUCUUAAUUGAUCAUCAAUAAUGACUUGUCUAUACAAUUUCCCUUGGUUUUACUCACUUUGGAUUAGUAUCUCGGAGCAGCCAUUUCACAGCUUCUUUCAUUUUUAUUACAGUUAUUUUUUUCUAGCUAAUUCUCUGAAACUAGUUUUUUUCGUCGUUCUUCCCAAUAUCGUCGUCACCACACCGUUUGGAGUUUGAAUUGAUUAUUGUAUACCCUAUGUCACUUGUAUCAUAAUGGGUAGCACUGUUAUCUGUUGUAUUACAGUCUAGGAACUUGUGCCAUAACAAUUGAUGUAACAUUGGUAGUAGAUGCUAUCAUCUCCAAGACCCUGGGGGCCCAGCUGCUAAUCUUAUAUACUGUGCAGGCGGUUUCCUAUUUACCCUUACAUCAUGUAUUUGGUUGUCAUUUAUGUGAUGAACUCUAUUUUUGUUGCUCCCAGAGACAGACAGCGCUUGUAAUACAUUUGUAUUUGGCUGGUUGCAUUAAGGGUAAGGAAAGAUGAGGUGGUUCCAACUUAGAUCUUUAUUGGAGCUCACGAACAUUAAGCUGUAUCUUCAGUUUCAUUUUGAAUGAACUUAAAUAAAUCCUCAUGCAGGACUACUUAUUAGAAGCCAGUACUUUAGAUGUACAUACAUUUUCUAAUGCAAGAUGACAGCAGUUGAAAGUAACUCAACUGUAAUAAUUGUUAAUUUAACUUACAAUGAGUAUUGCUUGAUAGCAGAAUGCAUGAACAGUGCAGAUAUGUAUUGAAAUAAAUACUCAAAUGUCUUGUCGGUGUUCUGACGGGAAAGUUUUGAAAGAAAAACUGGAUUUCCGUUGACGUUUUUGAUGCCAGAAUUAGGUGACAGAGAAUUUAUUAAGUUAAACUCAGUUCCUAACUGUUUAAGUUUUUAUUAAAUUACUUGAUAAUAUCCUGUUAAUAUAUACCAUGUUGUAUCUACAAAUAUGAUGAUAAAACAGCAUAAUAAACUAUAAGCCAUAUUACUGUAUUUUAUCAGUGGUUACACACCAAUAAAGUGUGUUGCUAAGUAAGAAGAGGUCUAAUAAUCUAUACUGUCAACUUGCACAAGCUUCAAGGAGUAGAAGUAAUAGCCUGUUUUGGUGUUACCAAGUUUGUUUCACCAGUAUAAACCAUAUCAUCUUCGCCUUGUAUCUCGUGAUCUGUGUCCUGCUGCUGCUAUACGUUAUGUUCAACAAAAUGUAAAACAAAUUUAAAGCCUAAAGGCCCCCAUGCACAUGGAUUUGUUGUUGCCAGAAACCCACUCUGAGAGCAGCAUUUUCAGAUUACAAUGUAAUGUGUAUGGGGAGCUCCUGACUCUCCCCCAACAGAUGAUGUUGGGAAGAGAAGGAUUGGGCAAAGUGAAUGUUUUCGCCCAAUUCUUUAGUACUUCCAGGAGAUGAGCUGCCACCAGAAGUGUCAGCUGAAAGCUAUUAAAUGUGUAUGGAUGCCUUAUCCAACUCUUUGUAACAGGUCAUCUGAUUGGUGGGGGCCCAAUGUCAGGGACCCGCGCUAAUCAGCUGUUAGAGAUGGUGCUGGCACUCCUGUGAGCAUUGCAGCCUUCUCACUGCUUAACCUAGGCUAGCCACAUCACUCAUUGCCAUUUAAGUGAAUUUGACUGAGCUGUGAUACCAGCCUCAGCCUCUGCACAAUGUGUGGUCCUGUGCUUGGUAAGCUGUGAGAAGGCGGUGGGACUCAAUAGAGCCUCGAGACCUUCUCAAAUAGCUGAUCAGCGGAAGUCCUGGGUGUCGGACCCCCACUGAUCAGAUGCUGAUGACCUAUCCAGAGGGUAAUCCCUUUAACACAAUUGUAGUAAGCUGUAUACACAUAGUUCAGUUGAAUAACGUCCCUUUGCGGUUAUAUCUGUUCUUGUAUACCCCUUUCUUCAUUAUAUUCUGUGAGGUGUGUUAGUUCAGGUUGCUUGGCAACCAGUUGACUUCUUUUCUUGGUGACUACUACUUAGGUUUGUUUUAGGAUCUUCCAAAAAAACUACAGGAAGCAUGAAAAUGGUGCAGAAAAUCAUGCAGCUUCAGGAUAAAAAAAACUCUAGACAAGGGAGGAAAUAUGCAAGAUGUAGAAAGUUGUGUUCAAUGUGUACUGAAAAAAGGGCAGACCUGCAAAGAGAAGAAUACUUACGUGCUUCUCUCCCCAGCCUCCGCUGCUCUGCUGGGCUUCAUGGAUGUAAACUUCCUGUUUGAUGCAGCUGUAGCCAACCACACCGCAGUGGUGACCUGCUUCUCUUGCAUCAUGACAAAUGGGAGGAGGCCACAAGCAAUUAGCUGCAGUGGCAUCUAUAAACUUACAUACAGGGAGCGCAGUGGAGCAGCCAAGACCCAAGAAGCAAAGGAGUUGGGACACAGCACCAGGAAGCAGGUAAAAAUGCUUCCCUUUGCAGUUUUGCUCAGGAGGAAGGGGGAUGCCAACCCCAACAAAAAAAGUUGCCCCAACCCCAACAAAAAAAGUUGUCCCAACCCCAACAAAAAAGUUGCACAACUCCUUUAAUACCUUAGGCUACUUUCACAUCCAUUACUGAUAAUACAACUAUCUGCAUCCAUUAUGGACGGAUCCGGUUCUAUUAUCCUUAACAUAGCAAGGACGGAUCCGCCAUGAACACCAUUGAAAGUCAAUGGGGGAUGGAUCCGUUUUAUAUUGUGUCAGAGAAAAUGCAUCCGUCCCCAUUGACUUGCAUUGUGGGUCAUGCCGGAUCUUUUUUGCUCUGCAUCCCACGAUGGAAAGAAAGCCGCAGUUUGCUGUUCAGCUACAUUUUGUCCCCAUUGAAACCCUAUGACUGAUCUCAAUACUGGAAAAGAAAUGCUAGUGCGAAAGUAGCCUUAACUUAUAUGAAACAAAAAAAUCUUGUUAAAAUCACAAUGUUGACCAGCUUUACUAAUCAGGCAGACAUAUGAAUUGAACAGAGCACUCAUUUCACAAGAGAUAGUCAUUAUCUAGCAUAUUGUCAUGCCAAUCUUAAAGAGGUUGUCUAGUAUAAGGCAGAAACCAGACAGCACAGGGGAACCAUCUGCUGCAGUGGUGACGCCAGUCAACAACACCUGACCGCUGCAGCCAUUCAACUGGCCUUUGUGGUGCAGCGAUCACUUGUCAACAUGACAUCACCACUGCAGCUCAGUAGACCAAUCCCAGCCAGGAGAACUAGAGCUGCAGUGUAAGUAAUGAUCACUUCUUUAUUGCAGGUGGGUCCACUGUGUUGUCUGGUUAUCUCAUGAAACCGGACUACCUUUUUAAAGUACAUUCAUAAUUACCAAAAUUGUAAGAUAGUGAACUGGGUCCUGACCUUAAACAGCCUUAAUAUUUUUUUGGGCAUUACUAUUAUUACUGUAUUAUUGUUAGUCACUUGCUUUACCAUCUUUCUUCAUAUUAUAAUGUCCUCAGUGUAAAUAAUUUUUUUCAUUAUUCACGGUUUGACAUAGAGAACUAUUAUUUAAUACUUUUGUUUGUGUUUGAUUAAAUAUUUCUGGUAUUACAACAUAUUAUGUAGAUAUUUUCUGACUGAUUUUGACUGGGAAGUACAAACAUGAAGUUUCAGUAAGUUAAAGGGAUAACCAUAAUGUUUUAUGACUAUUAUAGGGUAGGUUAGAAACUAUUGAUUGCAUAAUUUUUCUACUCAUGUUACAGAGACCAUCAUAUUCUUUUAAUUAGCGUGAGAUCCCUUAAAUUAUAUUAUACUAUUUAUUGGUCAUAAAACAUUAUAGUGGGCAAAACCCUUUAAGCCUCAUUUCCAUCAGUCAUUGUGAGCCGGAAAGAUCUGCACCUGUUCUGUGUUUAGAGCUGCACCUGGCUCAAAAUCAUUGAUGGAAAUCACUGACUUGUGAAUGAGACAUUACUCUUCUUUUUUAGGCCCUUUUUACAAAAAAAUAAAUGAAAAAAAUCUUCCCAGAACCUAUAACUAGAUAUGCCAUAUGCCUGAUUUACCUUUAGUGUUAUAAAAAACAAACACAUAUAAUUUUUAAUUUCCAGUAUCAGUAAUAGGAAAAUGGUAAAAUGUAUCAAAGCAAGUCUGAUGAGUGUUUACUACAUUUACAGAAUAUCUUUAUCUUUCUUAGUAGUGAUAAUGGUGCAGAGUAGAGUUGCCCAAUGUCUGUAUACGCAGUCCUUGUUGUGUAAUCGCUUGAGUUUAACAUGAGGAAGUGAAAACUACAUAUGCAGCACAUUUUUAUAUACAAAACAGUGUUGAAUUUAUAUUAAGGGUCUCCACACACAUGCGUUUUUGAUGCAUUUUUUUUCUAGCAUAGUUUUGCAAGCAGUAUGGCUUGCCACUAGCAUUUUCUUGAUAGCAUUUUCACCUAUAGCCAAGUUGUUGGCAUUGAAAAAACACCAAGAACUACAACAUGAAAAUACACAACAGAGACAAAAAUUGACACCUAGUGAACAAAAAGUACCAGGAGCAAAAAAUGGUGUUAUUUCCCAUAGAUCUUGAGCUAACAUCUGGAGCUGGUGUUUUUGUAGCAAAAAUAUGCUCAUGCAAAAAAGCAACUAAAAAUGCGUUAAUACAGAAAAUCACACCCUAUAAGAGUUUCUUAGGAAAUAAUAUUUAAAAAGAAAAAAAAUUGGUUAAAAUUAAAAAUAAUCCAUACUGACCCUCACAGAUCCCUCACCCCUGCCAUUCCAGUUCUGUUCUGCACUUAAUUUUUCCAGGCUUGACACACAGGAAAUGGGUUGGACUGCCCUCUCAGCCAAUCACUAGCCACAGCAACAAUAUGAUUACUCCCAAAUAACUCAAGAAAAAAAUAAUAAUCUGAUUCUCUUUCACCUAAUUUAGUUACCAUGGAAUAUGGCAAAAUGUCACACAUUCUGUGCUCAAGAUGAGUUGAAGAAACUACUUGUUGAUUUAUUUAUAGAUAAACUAUAGCUUUAUAUAGAGAAAACUGAAAUAAAUUAGCUGAACUUAAGGGGAAAAAAAUCAGAAUUGAUAGUUUAUACACAAGCUAAAAGAACUAAUUACAUUUACCUUAAGAACAUAUAUUUUAUGCCAUUAGCUUACUCUGUGAAUGGCUAUGCUUAACAUCUAAGCACUUUAAAAAUAUUAAUCAAUUGGUUAGACGCAACACCUAUUUAAAACAAUGUAAUAAAGCACUUACAUUUCAGAAAAAUGCUCUUUAUUAGUGAUAUCUCCCAUGAUAUAGGAGAAUAAAAAUAUAAAACCUUAUAUAUUUUAUUUCAACUUUUUAUAUUUAUGAUGUUAUUCAUUUCUGUAAGACAGAAAAGUUGAUAAAAAAAAACAUGUUCCCCAAUAAAAAGGCGAGCAAAUGAUCAAUGUGAUAAACUGUUUAACAGUCGCUUACUAUAUUAAUUUAUUAAUAUUCUAUGUGUCAGGGUCUCCUAAAUCCCAUUUAACUGAAUAGGCAAGGUCUUCCUAAACCCCUGCAUUAGCUACAUACACAUUAUUUAGUUAGCAUAGUAUACCUUUGCAGAAUGUUUCGUCCCUUGAUGUAUUUUGAUGGGUGCCCAACAACCCCAUUGACAUCUAGGUGAACAACUGAUUACACAAGUUUUAUUUGCUGUACAUUAGACUGCCUCUUACUGGUCUAUACUGGAGCUUAGUUCAUAGAUCUUCCCAGUCACGUAACAAAAGGCAUUAGAAGACUGCACUAUAAAUCAUGCAUUGUCUGGAUAUCAAGAAAUACAGUAGGGAAAAGUGCAGGUAUAGGGUUGUGCAAUCUGUAUACUAUGAGAGAAGUUGUUCUUGGAACAUCUCAGUAGUAAACUGUUAUAACUGUUAUUACAGUAAGUUCAUUUAUUAAAUGUUCAGGUUGGGAAAGUAACAGCUUGAAGGGAUUCUGUGAGCCCAAUUUUCGAUACUGAGAUUUUGGUAUCAUCAUAUUAGUCUCCAUCAUCUCAUUAAAAAUAUACUGGUUUUACCUCCACCUGACGUUUCAAUUUUGAUAAAAAUUGGUUUUAUGUAUAUGGUCCCGGACGUGUGUGACAUCGGUGCAUGCGCAGGAUUACGGCGCACUGAGAAGAACAAAAAGGCCAGAGAGGAGUGAAUAAAUUAACAGCAGGGCGGCGCUGGGCUCAGAGAUCAGGGGAGCGACUGGGCACAAACGGCCGGAGGGACAGCCCCUUGGGCACGUUAAGAAGGUAAUUACCAUAUACAUGAAACCUAUUUUUUUCCAAAAAUGAAACGACAGGUGGGGUAAAACUAAUAUAUUUUUAAUGAGAUAAUGAAGACUAAUAUGAUACCAAAAAAAUCUCAGUAUUGAAAAUCGUGCUGACAGAAUCCCUUUAAAAUGAUUGAAAUUACAAAGUUAAUAUGUAUGAGACAUAGCCAAAUACACUGUAUGUGUAGAUAUAGUGAUCCAAUGUGUGCAUAAUGUAAUUUUUAAAUAGAAUUAGCAGAUAAUGAUAUGUUAAAGGGCAUCAGAUUUGUACCUAUGAAACUGGCUGACCUAUUGUAUGUGCACUUGGCAGCUGACGGCAUCUGUAUUGGUGCCAUGUUCAUGUGUGCCCGCGUUGCUGAGAAAAAUUAAGCAUUAAUACAUGCAUAUGAACCUCUAGGAACAACAGGGGCAUUUCCAUUACAUCUAAAGGCUCUGCUCUCUCUACAACUGCUGAACCCUCUUCACUUUGAUUGACAGGGCCAGGCAGUGUUAACAUGAUCACACCUGGGCCUAACUUCUAAAGCCAUUGAAAGUGGAGAGGAUGCGGCAGUUGAGAGAGAAAGCAUAGCCUCUAGGACAGGGAUCAGCAACCUUCAGCACUCUAGCUGUUGUGAAACUACAACUCCCAGCAUGCUCCUUUUACUUCCAUGGGAGUUCAAAGAACAGCCAAGCAAGUCUGCAUGCUCUAGGA